CCCCGCCCCGCGCGUCUGAACUGAGCGCGGGCCGUUUGUUCCGCGCGGCGAUGGCGGCGCGGGAGCUGGCGGCGGCGGUGGCGGCGGCGCAGCAGCAGCGGGAGAAGGACAAGGACAAGGACAAGGACGGGGAUCAGGUCGUAGCCGCGGUGGACGGCCUCUAUCUGCUCCGCCUGAGGGAGCAGAUAAAGCAGCAGUUCCUGGAGUACAGCGCUGUAGCUGACGCCGGUACACCAGCUGCUGCUGAUGACGCUGCCAGGGAAAUGUCUGUGCUGAAUGCCAUAGAAGAUUGCAAAAAAGACAUUGAGAAAGAAAAAGCCUCUUUCUGGAACAAGACAUUAGCCUUGCAAAGGAUCCAGCUUAUGGCUGCCGUGAGAGACCAAAUGAAGCUAAACGAUAAUGACUCACAACUGCUGCUGAAAACUCUGCAAGACAUAGUAAGGCUCAGCCAGGCAGUAGUUGCAUAUCAACAGCAAGCACGUGUAAAGGAACAGAAAGUGACUGACAUUAAAAGGCAAAGACUUUUAUUAAAAGAAGUUGGAAGACAGAAACUAAUGCAAAUCCAUGAUAUGAACAAACUAAAGGAGGAACAAACAACUGGGAAAAUGAAAAUGCUGGAAGAGAUGCAUAAUGACUACAAGAAAGAGAAAAACUUAACUACAGUAAUUCAAAAUCUAUUCCAGGCUAUCAUAAUUGGAAGCAGAGUUAACUGGGCAGAAGAUCCAUAUUUAAAGGCAAUUGUUCUACAGCUUGAAAAAAAUAUCUGAGUCAGGAGAGAUGGUGUUUGAUUUUUUUUCAUAUAGUGUAUGUAAUCAAUCUGCUAAACCUGAUAAAUUAAUACACAUUAUGAACCUUUCUGGAAGCACUUGUUCACUGAAGAGGCUGAGAAUGUAGCCACCCAGCUCUUCGAAAUGAAAUUUAGUUCCUGGUCCAUAGCAAAUGUUUGAACAGGUAGCAUGGCUGAUAAAACUAUCUGAAAAGACCCUUCGUAGCUAUCUUCUCCCAAGUAAAAAAGAAUCAUCAUUGAUAUAUUUCAAGAUUUUAUGUAAAAUUCAGCUUAACCCAGGCCCUGUGGAAAGUUCAAGCUGGAAGAGGAAGUUAAAUCUUUGAGGUUUAUUUUCCUUUUUUUUAAUUAUCGCUUUAUGUAUGCGUUUAGAUUUUUAUAUGCUCUGCUUUACACUGAAUGUUUUCUGCUUGUAGCAACUGCUUGUGACUGUGCUAUGUGCUGCUUAGUUACAGCUGGGUUUCCAGCAUUAGACACAAUCCAUGCCUGCCAUCCCACACAGCAAAAUAUGCCAACCUGAAGCAAGGUGCAGGUAAAGGGAUGACUUCGUGCUAAGCACUAGUUAGACUUUUCUGCUAAAAACCCCCCAUCUUUGUUUUAUGCUUGACAAACUGAGCACAUCAUAGCACGUAACAUGUUAAAAUACGGUCAGUUUUAACUUUGUAAGUGACUUUUAAAUUUUCGGAGGAUGGACGGGGCGUGUCAUGGUCCAAUAAAGAUAAAACGCUGACUUAGA